UCAGUCGUACCCGGAUACACAGAGAUAUAUAUGUAUUGAAGAUCACAACGUAUGUUAGAAAAUAAUAAAUAAUGUAUAACGAUUGCAAGUUGACGUCACAGUCAUAGUCUUGAAAUUUUGGUGAUCAAACUUUAAUUUUACGGACUUUAAUUUAAUAUUGAUAUUAGUUUAGGUCGAGGAAUUUCUCAAUAAAGAAGAAAAUGUAAAGAACUUCGAUAUGAGCAAAAGAUGGUGGAUUUUGUUAGGAGUUAUUUUAGAUUUCAAAGAGAUCGAAUGUUUUGUGUCAUGUUAUUCGUGCAUAGAAGGUGAAUCUAAUACGAGAUGUAAUGUUGCUGGAACAAUUUCAUGUUAUAUAAAUCAAACUUGCUACACAGAAGUUACAAGAAGACCUUUAGUAGUAAAGCGUUAUACAAAAGGAUGUAUGGACAUUAUGAACUGUACGACAAAAAUGAAUCUGAAUGAUAAAAUGACUUGUGAUGAAACACCAUCCAAAUGUACAUAUUGCUGUACAGCUGAGCUUUGCAAUGCGUCAAACAAAUCAACAAAUAUUCAAAUAAUGAAAAUAUUGUACCCAUUAGUUUUCAUAUUUAUUCAUUUUAGUUGACGUACGUUUAUAUAAGUAAA